ACCCUAGCUGACAAUAAAAUGUAUUUUCAAAAUUAUAGUAACUACAGUCAUCAUGGCAAUUAAAUAGAUCAGUGAACUAACAAAGUCCAAAUCUACUGAAACAUAUAAAGGAAAUAAAGUAUAAGAAUAAAAAUGGCAGUUUUGGUGAGUAAAGGAAAUACAGAUUAUUGAAUACCUGAGGAUACUAAAUCUGAAGGCCCAGUAACUUAUUUAGUAUAUUUUUGCAUAGGGAAAACAGUCAAAUGAGAAACUGAAAUAUUUUAGGUAAAUAUAGGCUUAAUUUCCUUCCUUUAAAAAAGAUCUAACGGGGCCUCCCUUGUGGCACAGUGGAUUGAGCACAGCGCUGUGAAGCUGUCCACAGCCUCUGGCGCACGGGCCAGGGAGAUACCCACAUGGCGAGGCAGACCUCUCCCGUCUCAUCCCCUGCACCCCUCAGCAGCGGGAGCCUAUUCUGCUCCCUGCUUUGUGUCUGGUGAAUCCUCUCACCCUCCCACGCCUCUGGGAUGGGGCUUGUAUGAAUAAAUAAAAUCGUUAAAUCAAUAAAUAAAUCAAUAAAUAAAUAAAUAAAAGACCUAACAUCAAUCUAAAAAAGAUAACGUAAUAGAAAAACAAAAGUAUAAGAAACCCUUCACACACAAACUAAAGAUUAUAAACUUAUGAAAGCUUAUCUUAUCUCGUAAUUAAAAAUAAGUUAUACCUGUAAGAUAGGCAAGCACUAAAAGCUUUUUGUGGAGGGUUGAGAGGAUUCACCAGAGACAGAGUGGGGAGCAGAACAGGCAGAUUGACUGAAAUACACUGCUGAGGGGAACAGCGGGCGAGACAGGAUAAGUCUGCUGUGCCAUGUGGGUCAGCUCCCUGGCCAGGGAUGGAACUCAUGCUGCAGUGUAGCUGUGAUACCACUGAGACUUAACCCCUAGGCAUCAGGGAGGCCCUGCAGGAACUUCUUAAGAGUAGGUUGCUUAGGGCCUCCCCUGGUGGCGCAGUGCUUGAGUGCUGGAUUGCGAAGCUGCCUGUAUCCUCAGUAGCACCAGUUUGAUCCCUGGCCACCGGUGAAGGUCCCACAUGGCGCGCAGACCUCUCCUGCCGCCCACUGCUCCCCUCAGCAGUGUAUUUCGUUAGUCUGCCUGUUCUGUUCCCUGCUCUGUCUCUGGUGAAUCCUCUCACCCUCCCAUGCCUCUGGCCUGUACCCCAUUGCUUGUAUAAAUAAAUAAAUAAAUGUUUAAAAAAAAAAAUAGAGUAGGUUGCUUAGGAGAGAAAAGAUGGUGCUGGAGAAGAGAGGAGCCUGCCCAAAACCUCACCUGUUGCCUGAGGAGCCUGUAUCUCUGGCUUUAGAGGGUGAUUUAAUAAGCAUCAUCUAGCUCAUUCUUUUCUCUGAAUUUAUAUAGGCUGUGCAGAGGGAACAAGGGACAAAGCUAGGAACCACCCUUUUCUAAAGAGGAGCCAGAAGAAAGAGUAGUCAUCUUUUGCAAAUUUCAAAACCAUGGCUCAGGGAUCAGUGUCAUUCAAAGAUGUGACUGUGGAUUUCACUCGGGAGGAGUGGCAGCACCUGGAUCCAGCUCAGAAGACGCUAUACAUGGAUGUGAUGUUGGAAAACUAUUACCACCUCAUUUCUGUGGGAUGUCACAUGACCAAGCCUGAUGUGAUCCUGAAGCUGGAACGAGGAGAAGAGCCAUGGACGUCAUUCACAAGUCAUACCUGCUUAGAAGACACUUGGAAAGCUGAAGACUUUCUAGUGAAAUUCAAGGGACACCAUGAUAAGUAUUCCAGACCAGUUGUAUGCAUCAACCACAAAAAACUGAUUAAGGAGAACAAUAAUGUGUAUGAAAAGGCAUUUACUUUAGGGAAAAAUCCUAUCAACUCAAAAAAUCUCCCUCCUGAAUAUGACACUCAUGGAAAGAUUUUUAAAAAUGUUUCAGAAUUGAUCAUCAACAAUCUGAGUCCUGCAAGGAAGAGACUCGGUGAGUAUAAUGGAUUUACUAAGCCAGAGACAGCGCACCCUGGACUCAAAUCCCGUAAUCAACACAGCAGGACUUUCAGUCAGAAUGAGUUGCUUAUACAGUAUCACAAGAUGGAGACUGCAACACAAUCAUUUGGCUAUAAUGACUGUGAGAAAGCCUUCCUUAAAAAAGGAGACUUAAUUACACAUACGAGAACUUACAGAAGGGAGAACCCACCUGAAUAUAACAGAAGGAGAAGAGCAGCCAAUAUUGAAAAGAAACAUACAUGCUUGGAAUGUGGGAAAUCCUUCUGCAGAAAGUCAGUGUUGAUUCUGCAUCAGGGAAUUCACACAGAGGAAAAACCCUAUCAGUGUCAUCAAUGUGGAAAUGCAUUUCGAAGGAAGUCAUACCUCAUUGAUCAUCAAAGAACUCACACAGGAGAGAAACCCUUUGUUUGUAAUGAAUGUGGGAAGUCCUUCCGCCUAAAAACAGCCCUCACGGAUCAUCAGAGAACACAUACAGGGGAGAAAUCCUACGAGUGUCCACAGUGUAGGAAUGCCUUCAGACUGAAGUCACACCUUAUUCGUCAUCAAAGAACACACACAGGAGAGAAACCGUAUGAGUGUAAUGACUGUGGGAAGUCCUUCCGCCAAAAGACCACACUCUCUCUCCAUCAGAGAAUCCAUACAGGAGAGAAACCCUAUGUUUGUAAAGAAUGUGGGAAGUCCUUUCACCAGAAGGCAAACCUUACUGUACAUCAAAGAACUCAUACGGGGGAAAAGCCCUAUAUUUGUAAUGAAUGUGGCAAGUCCUUCUCCCAGAAGACAACGCUGGCUCUACACGAGAAAACUCAUAAUGAGGAGAAACCCUAUAUUUGUAAUGAAUGUGGUAAGUCUUUCCGCCAGAAGACAACCCUUGUAGCACAUCAAAGAACACAUACUGGGGAAAAAUCCUAUGAAUGUCCUCACUGUGGGAAGGCCUUUAGAAUGAAGUCAUACCUCAUUGAUCAUCACAGAACUCACACAGGGGAGAAACCCUAUGAAUGUAACGAAUGCGGCAAGUCCUUCAGUCAGAAGACAAACCUCAAUUUGCAUCAAAGAAUUCAUACAGGUGAGAAACCCUAUAUUUGUAAUGAAUGUGGGAAGUCCUUUCGCCAGAAGGCAACGCUCACUGUACAUCAGAAAAUACAUACAGGGCAGAAAUCCUACGAAUGUCCUCAGUGUGGCAAAGCCUUUAGCAGGAAGUCAUAUCUCAUUCACCAUCAGAGGACCCACACAGGAGAGAAACCAUAUAAAUGUAAUGAAUGUGGGAAGUGCUUUCGCCAGAAGACAAAUCUCAUUGUACAUCAGAGAACUCACACAGGGGAGAAGCCCUACAUUUGUAAUGAAUGUGGGAAGUCCUUUAGUUACAAGAGAAACCUCAUUGUUCAUCAGAGAUCUCACAAGGGAGAAAAUACGGAAAUGCAAUAAAUGUAAUUUCUUGAAGAAACUUCCCAAGUUAUUGCAAACCCUUAGCUAAAAAAAAAGCAUGCUUUAACAUGUUGUUAAUACAAUACUUUAACCACAAAUGUAACAACUAUUAAUUUAAUGUACCAUACCACAUGACUGUACUUUUUACUAGCUUACAAAAUGGGUAUGAUCAUUGAUAUUGAACAUUUUCCAUCAGUGAAGCUAAUUUUUUAAGUUUUCAAGUGCUUCUGCUAACUCAAUUUGUUUUUAAAAUUUUAUAAUACAUGCAUAGUCAAGAUACAAAAUGGCUAUAAGUAUCGGCCUCCAUAAGUGAAAGAAACUAUGAACUAUAUUUCUUACUGCACUCUGGAAUAAAAAGUAGUUAGUUGUUAUUUGCCCAAGGACUACCACUUCCCGGGCAUAUAACAUCAAGAAGUAGGUUUUGCAUGUUUUUAAGCUUAAUAUAUAUUUUCUCAUGCAUCAUGAAUUCUUUUAUCUUUCACUCAGCAUUUUAAGAUUCAUACAUUAUUGCAUGUGGCAGUAGUGUAUUCAUUUUCUUUCUGUAUACUAUUCCAUUUUAAGAAUAUACUGCUAUUAUCCUCUUGAUGGAUAUUUGUAUUUUUUAUAGUUUUGUGUUAAAAUAAAAAUACUGCU